UCUAAAUAAAGUACACUGAUUUAUCGACAUUUAUGACACAAUAAUAAAAUGAAGUUGGUUACGUCAAAAAUGGGGAAAACAUCAAAAUGAUUCCAACGUUUUUCUUAGUUAUUCUUUUUAUUUAUGGCCUUUUAUACUUCUUCGAUAAAUUUUACAAGACAUGUGCUCAUUACCCUUACAUCCAGUUUUUGAAAAACACCGGAUUUGAAAUCAAAUUUUUACAAAUUAAAUGGGAAACGACCGCUUUUAAUCGUUUAUUAUUAAGAUGGGGUAGCUCUCAUUCAUCGUUUCUCUCCACAUGGUUUUCAAUAGGCUUAAAUGUAACUUUAAUCUUUUUACCAAUUUCUUGCGUGUUACUUCUAGUUUCUUUAUAUCAAAUGUUUUUUGUACAAAACGAAAAUCCUUUAGAAUCGAGUAUUAUUGUGCCUAUAAUACCAGGAGCUACCUUGGCAAUAUCAGAUUUACCUUAUUAUGUUGUAAGUUUGGUGAUAUCGAGUGUUUUCCAUGAAUUUGGGCAUGCUUUAACGGCUGUUAAAGAAGAUGUUCAUUUAAUUAAUGUUGGAUUUACUUGUAUAUUUAUCUUACCCAUUGCUUAUGUUGGUUUAAACACUGAAGAUAUAUUAAAAUUAACCCCGAUUAAAUCACUUAGGAUUUAUUGUGCUGGUGUUUGGCAUAAUAUUUCGUUAAGUAUAUUUUUUUAUUUAAUCUUUUUGAUGUUGCCGUAUAUCUUUUCACCAUUUUAUGAGGUUAAUAACGGUGUAAUUGUAACUGAUUUAUCUCCAAAUUCCCCAUUAAUUGGCGAAAAUAACGGUUUAAACGUAGGGAAUCAAAUUUUUAAAAUAAAUAAUUGUAAAAUCAACAAUUUUCAAGAUUGGAUUAAUUGUAUUAACAUGUAUCGUAAUUUAAAUCUCGGUUUUUGUACUCCCAGUGAAGUUAUUUCGAAUCAUGAUGAAACUGUGUUUAAACAUUCUAGUACAAAUGAUUUUGAUUGUUGUAAUGAUCAACCGGGUGCUUUAUGUUUUGAAUACUUAGAAGCAACAAAUGGAAUAUUGGAAAUUCCCCCUCAUACAUGUCUACCAGUUCGAGUUGUUGUUAGCCAUUCAAAUAAUUAUUGUAAUUCAUCGAAUGAUUGUGUGAUUAUCGAGAACACGCAUUGCCUUAAACCGAUGUUAAAAGAUCACAGUCGCGUUUUAGUUAUAAAAAGAAAAAGUGAAGAAAAACCAAUUGUCUAUUUAGGUUUAGCCGAAGAUUUACUUUUAACCGUUCGAGUUUCUGAGUAUAUUCCGAAAUAUGUUUAUUUAAGUUUAAAUUUUCCAAAUUCAGUUGAAAAAAUCUUUAAAUACAUUGUAGUGAUUUCGUUGGGUUUAGGGAUUGUUAACGUCCUCCCAUCACUUUGGAUGGAUGGGCAUUAUAUUUCAAACGCUUUAAUUAAGAUAUUAUUAGGGAAUAGAAUUAAAAACGAAAAAAUUUAUUUAGGUGUCACUUUAUUAGUGCCUUUUUUUGGUACUUUACUAUUUUCUAGUCUUGUUUUACACACAUUAUGGGUUUUUGUAUUUAAAUAAAAGCAAUAAAAUAAGA